GAGCCAGGCCAGCAGCCCUAGCUUCUGGAAGGAUCCUUCAGGCUCCAGACACCCAACCUACCCGUGGCCGGAUGUCUGCCUGAGCCCCACCCCGAAUGCCAGCCCUUCUUCCCUGAACUCACCCAGCCCCAGCUCCAGGACUGAGAGCCCCAGGAAGCCUGGAGAGGUGUGAGAGAGACAGGUGUCCAGCCUCAGCCCCGCUCCUUCACCUGCAGAGCCCGGCAUGUGGGGCUACCUGUCGCUGAUGCCUGUCUUCCUAGCUGUCUGGGCUAUCUCUGGCGUCUGGAUCGUUUUUGCCAUUGCAGUGACCAACAGGACUGUGGACCUCAGUAAAGGCUUUCCCUACAUCAGCAUCUGCGGAUCCUUCCCCCCUCAGAGCUGCAUCUUCAGCCAGGUGCUCAAUAUGGGAGCUGCUCUGGCCGCGUGGAUCUGCAUUGUCCGUUACCACCAGCUCCGGGACUGGGGCGUCGGAAGGUGGCCUAACCAGCUGAUCCUAUGGACGGGUCUUCUCUGUGCCCUGGGCACCUCCGUGGUAGGCAAUUUCCAGGAAAAGAACCAGCGGCCCACGCACUUGGCAGGGGCCUUCCUUGCCUUCAUCUUGGGUAACGUCUACUUCUGGCUGCAGCUCCUCCUGUGGAGGCUGAAGAGGCUGCCCCAGCCCGGGGCUGCCUGGAUUGGGCCCCUCCGCCUGGGCCUCUGCAGCGUCUGCACCAUCCUCAUUGUGGCCAUGAUUGUCCUCCACGCCUGCUCGCUGCGUAGCGUCUCUGCGGCCUGCGAGUGGGUCGUGGCCAUGCUGCUGUUCGCGCUCUUCGGUCUCUUCGCCGUUGACUUCUCCGCCCUGGAGAGCUGCACGCUGUGUGUUCAGCCGUGGCCCAGCCUCAGCCCCCCGCCGGCCUCCCCCAUCUCCCUGCCGGUCCAGCUGUAGCAGGCACCCUGACCCGGGCCUUGCCCUCACCAGUGAAGCAGGAAAGAUGGGGCCAAUC